GGCUCCUAACUAAUCGUCCAUAUUUCAAUCUUAACUGCAGCACACAUGGAUUCCCUCUAGCUCACCAACAUGGAAUCCCAAAUUCCUGCUGAGCUUCUCAAAACUCACAUUAUGCAACUCCAUGCUAGCAUAUCCAAGAUCGACUCCCUUCGCCCUUCAAAGCAAGUCAACUCCCUCUUCACUCAGCUGGUCAAGUUGUGCACUCUUCCAUCUUCGGUGGAUGUUCAUGACUUAUCCGAAGACGUCCAAAUUAUGCGCGAGAGUCUCAUCAAUCUCUGAGGUCGAGCUAAAGGUCUAUUAGAGCUUGAGUUUGCCACACUCCUAGGGAAAAUCUCUCAACCCAUGAACAAGCUUAAUCUUUUCCCCUACUAUGGUAAUUAUGUUCUGCUGGCGCAUUUGGAGAACAAAAUUCUUAAUGACAGUGGCGUGGUGCAUCCCAACUAGGUCGCCUUUAUCGGGUCAGGACCAAUGCCUCUCACUUCCAUUGUAAUGGCUACCCAUCACAUGAAGUCCACUCAUUUCGAUAACUUUGAUAUCGAUGACAAGGCCAAUGAGGUGGCUUGCCGGAUUGUUGCCUCGGAUACUGAGCUAGAGAAGAGGAUGAAAUUUGAGACUCGUGAUAUCAUGAAAGUUCGGGAGAGGCUUGCCGAGUAUGAUUGCAUAUUUUUGGUAGCUCUGGUGGGAAUGUACAAAGAAGACAAGGUGAAGAUUCUCAGGCAUAUUAGGAAGUAUAUGAAGGAAGGAAGCUUUUUGCUUGUGAGGAGUGCAAAAGGGUCUAGGGCAUUCUUGUACCCUGUUAUUCAGGAGCAUGACUUGCUGGGCUUUGAGCUUCUAACAAUCUUCCAUCCCAAUCAGUGGCGGACGCAGGAAUAUAUAUCUCUGGGGGCAGGUUUCAAGUGACUCAUUUAUUAACAAACUUGCACUAAAUAGGAAGCAUAGUUUACUCAUUCAAAGAAACAGAGUUUAAUAGAAAAUUUCAAGUCACUCAUUCAUUAACAGAUUUGCAUCAAAGAGGAAGUAAAGGAAUGCA